GAGCGUCAUCAGCGGCCGAGGGGCGGGGGAAGGGGAAGUUAACGUGAGCGAGACCUGACUGGAAAGGGGUUCAGGCCUGUACUACUCAGCGGCUACGGCCUCACCAACGCCGGCCGCCUGCCGCCACCGCUGACCCCGCCGCCUCUGGAACGCGGAGGAGGAGGAGCGGCUGGAGGAGUAGGAGUAGGGGUUGGGCCCCGGGGAGCGGAAUGCCCAUCGCUACAGCUAGGUGGUGAAUGCUGGGCAGAGCCACGGUUGCUGCGGUCUGUGCCACCGGGAGGAAGUUGUGGUGUGCUGCCGGGCGGGAGCUCGCGGCGCUGUGGAGAAUUGAAGUGCGGGGUCUGUGCGAAGACUCUACCAGACUCUUUCCCAAAACUCUGGCCAUGCCUGGAAGGAACAAGGCAAAGUCCACCUGCAGCUGCCCUGACCUGCCGCCCAAUGGACAGGAUUUGGGCGAGAGUGGCCGCGUUGCACGUCUGGGAGCGGAUGAAUCUGAGGAGGAGGGACGGAGCAGGUCUCUUAGUAACACCGGAGACCCAGAGAUCGUCAAGUCGCCCAGCGACCCCAAGCAAUACCGAUACAUCAAAUUACAGAAUGGGUUGCAGGCACUUUUGAUUUCAGAUCUAAGUAACAUGGAAGGUAAAAUAGGAAACACAAUAGAUGAUGAGGAAGAGGAAGAGGAAGAUGAGGAAGAAGAAGAAGAAGAUGAUGAAGAUGAUGAUGAUGAUGAUGAUGAUGAGGAUUCUGGAGCUGAGAUAGAAGAUGAUGAAGAAGAGGGAUUUGAUGAUGAAGAAUUUGAUGAUAAUGAACAUGAUGAUGAUGAUGAUCUUGACACUGAGGAUAAUGAACUGGAAGAACUGGAAGAGAGGGCAGAAGCUAGGAAAAAAACCACUGAAAAACAGCAAUUGCAGAAUCCGUUUUUGCUGUGGUCAAAGCUGACUGAUAGACUGUGGUUUAAGUCAUCUUAUUCAAAAAUGUCUUCAGCCCUGAUGGUCCAGACAAGAAAUCUUUAUGGGGUAGUUGCAGCUGAAAGCAGGUCUGCACCUGUUCAGCAUUUGGCAGGAUGGCAAGUGGAGGAGCAGCAGGGUGAAACUGAUACAGUUCUGUCUGCAGCGGCUCUUUGUGUUGGAGUUGGGAGUUUUGCUGAUCCAGAUGACCUGCCUGGACUGGCGCACUUUUUGGAGCACAUGGUAUUCAUGGGUAGCUUAAAAUAUCCAGAUGAGAAUGGAUUUGAUGCCUUCCUAAAGAAACAUGGAGGCAGUGACAACGCCUCAACUGAUUGUGAGCGGACAGUCUUUCAGUUUGAUGUCCAGAGAAAAUACUUCAAGGAAGCUUUGGAUAGAUGGGCUCAAUUCUUUAUUCAUCCGCUAAUGAUCAGAGAUGCAAUUGACCGUGAAGUUGAGGCUGUUGAUAGUGAAUAUCAACUUGCAAGACCUUCUGAUGCAAACAGAAAGGAAAUGUUAUUUGGAAGUCUUGCCAGACCUGGACAUCCUAUGGGGAAGUUCUUUUGGGGAAAUGCUGAGACUCUCAAGCAUGAACCAAAAAAGAAUAAUAUUGAUACACAUGCUAGAUUGAGAGAAUUCUGGAUGCGUUACUACUCUGCUCAUUAUAUGACUUUAGUUGUUCAGUCCAAAGAAACACUGGACACUUUGGAAAAGUGGGUGACUGAAAUCUUCUCUCAGAUACCAAACAAUGGGUUACCCAAACCAAACUUUGGCCAUUUAACGGAUCCAUUUGACACACCAGCAUUUAACAAACUUUAUAGAGUUGUUCCAAUCAGAAAAAUUCAUGCUCUGACCAUCACAUGGGCACUUCCCCCUCAACAGCAACAUUACAGGGUGAAACCACUUCAUUAUAUUUCCUGGCUGGUUGGACAUGAAGGCAAAGGCAGCAUUCUUUCUUAUCUUAGAAAAAAGUGCUGGGCUCUUGCAUUGUUUGGUGGAAAUGGUGAGACAGGAUUUGAGCAAAAUUCUACUUAUUCAGUGUUCAGCAUUUCUAUCACACUCACUGAUGAGGGUUAUGAACAUUUCUAUGAGGUUGCUCAUACUGUCUUUCAGUAUUUAAAAAUGCUGCAGAAGUUAGGCCCAGAAAAAAGAAUUUUUGAAGAGAUUCAAAAAAUUGAGGACAAUGAAUUUCAUUACCAAGAACAGACGGAUCCAGUUGAGUAUGUGGAAAACAUGUGUGAAAACAUGCAGCUGUAUCCACUGCAGGACUUUCUUACUGGAGAUCAGCUUCUUUUUGAAUACAAGCCAGAAGUCAUUGCGGAAGCCCUUAAUCAGCUAGUUCCUCAAAAAGCAAAUCUUGUUCUACUGUCUGGCGCUAAUGAGGGAAAAUGUGACCUCAAGGAGAAGUGGUUUGGCACUCAGUAUAGCAUAGAAGAUGUUGAAAACUCUUGGACUGAACUGUGGAAGAGUAAUUUUGAAUUAAAUCCAGAUCUUCAUCUUCCAGCUGAAAACAAGUACAUAGCCACAGACUUUAUAUUGAAGGCUUUUGAUUGCCCUGAAACAGAAUACCCUGUUAAAAUUGUGAAUACUCCGCAAGGUUGCCUGUGGUAUAAGAAAGACAACAAAUUCAAAAUCCCCAAAGCCUAUAUACGUUUCCAUCUGAUCUCACCUUUGAUACAGAAGUCUGCAGCAAAUGUGGUCCUCUUUGAUAUCUUCGUCAAUAUUCUUACCCAUAAUCUUGCGGAACCAGCAUAUGAAGCUGAUGUGGCACAGCUGGAAUAUAAACUAGUAGCUGGAGAGCAUGGUUUAAUUGUUCGAGUAAAAGGGUUCAACCACAAACUACCUCUACUGUUUCAGCUCAUUAUUGACUACCUAGCUGAGUUUGCUUCUACCCCAGCAGUCUUUGCCAUGAUAACUGAGCAGCUGAAGAAGACCUACUUUAACAUCCUCAUCAAGCCUGAGACUCUGGCCAAAGAUGUGCGACUUUUAAUCCUGGAAUAUGCCCGUUGGUCUAUGAUUGACAAGUACCAGGCUUUGAUGGAUGGUCUUUCCCUUGAGUCUCUGCUGAGCUUCGUCAAAGAGUUCAAAUCCCAGCUGUUUGUUGAGGGCCUGGUACAAGGCAAUGUCACAAGCACGGAAUCUAUGGAUUUCCUGAAAUACGUUGUUGACAAGCUGAACUUCACGCCCCUGGAGCAGGAGAUGCCUGUGCAAUUCCAGGUGGUGGCGCUCCCCAGCAGCCACCACUUGUGCAAAGUGAAAGCUCUGAAUAAGGGGGAUGCCAACUCAGAAGUCACUGUGUACUACCAGUCAGGAACCCGGAGUCUGAGAGAAUACACUCUUAUGGAGCUGCUGGUGAUGCACAUGGAAGAGCCUUGUUUUGACUUUCUUCGGACCAAGCAGACCCUUGGGUACCAUGUCUACCCAACUUGCAGGAACACAUCUGGGAUUCUGGGAUUUUCUGUCACUGUGGGGACUCAGGCAACCAAAUACAGCUCUGAGACUGUUGAAAAGAAAAUAGAAGAGUUUCUUUCCAGCUUUGAGGAGAAGAUUGAGAACCUCACUGAAGAUGCAUUCAAUACCCAGGUUACAGCUCUCAUCAAGCUCAAAGAGUGCGAAGACACGCACCUUGGGGAGGAGGUGGACAGAAACUGGAAUGAAGUGGUGACUCAGCAGUACCUCUUUGACCGCCUUGCCCAUGAGAUUGAAGCACUGAAGUCAUUCUCGAAGUCAGACCUAGUCACCUGGUUCAAGGCUCAUAGAGGACCUGGAAGUAAAAUGCUUAGUGUCCAUGUUGUCGGCUAUGGGAAGCAUGAGCCAGAAGAGGAGGGCACCCCUUCUGCUGUGGAUCCAAACUCUUCCUGUGACGUGAUGCAGCUGACCUACCUGCUGCCCUCUCCUCUGCUGGCAAAUUCUACCAUCCCCAUCACUGAUAUCAGGGCUUUCACAUCAACACUCAGCCUUUUCCCCUACCAUAAAAUAGUCAAAUAAACUUCAGUCUCGGCCUGAAGCAAUGUC